CCAAGAGGGAGGCAGAGAGGAGACAGAAAACAUGAGAGACAGUCCUGCCGCUUUGAUUACAUCCCAAAACAUGGCGUUCACUGACUGUAUGAAACCGACCGACCAGUUCGCAGAGAAGAAGAGGAGAAACUGGAGGAACAGAAUAGGAUUUCUACUGAAGGCAAAGUCGUCCCAGUCCAAACAGAGUGUGAUGAAAAACAGAUCUUACAGGCCGACUGCUGAUGACGUCAGCCAAUGGGCGCAGUCACUUGACACAUUACUCAGUCAUAAAUAUGGGAAAGCUGCUUUUUGUAUCUUCCUGAAGACGGAGUUCUGCGAGGAGAACAUUGAGUUCUGGACGGCAUGCGAGGACUACAAGACCCAAACGUCGCACAAAGAGCUCGUGUCCAAGGCCAACAGCAUUUACGAGCAGUUCAUUAAAAAUGAAGCUCCAAAAGAGAUAAACCUGGAUUACCACACCAAAAAUGCUAUCGUCCAGAGUCUCGUCGAGCCCUCUGUGACGAGCUUCCUGGCAGCUCAGAGGAAAGUCUACAGUCUGAUGGAGAACAACUCCUACCCCAGGUUCAUCCUCUCCGACCUCUACAGAGAACUACAUGAAGCUGCCAGGAGAGAGGGAAAAGUCAUUAAGCCCCAGUCAACCUAGACAGCCGAUCCUGAAGUCAUUUGUUUACCGCUGUGACUCUGAAAAUAGACCACUGAUGAUGUUCAUUCCAGGCACUGCCGCGGGAUAAUAGACCCAAAAUGCAAAUCAUGAGCAUAAACAUUACCGGAGAGCGUGGGGAAAAAAAAAACACUGAAGGUAUCUUAUUUAUUUUUUAUUCCGUCCUGCUGAGAGCUUUCAACAAAGGAGUCAGGAUGAUUAGGCCCGAUGCUUUAUGCUGCUGCAUGCGGCACUGUGUGCAUCUCAAGGGAUUAAGGUUACGUCUUCUUCACCGGGGGCCAUUACCUGCACUUUCUUUACUAUCAGAAUUUGGUAUUUUUGAGCAAUGAUGCAAUUGAAGAAAAUGUUGUAGUGCACUGCAUUCAAGCCACUUAUCCUUGUUUUGCUGACACACACACUUAAAAGUAUCUAAAUGCUGAUAUCCAAUACACACCGAUAACUCAUGCACUUCCUAUGUUACCCUGGUAUGUUGAUCUGAUGGAUUUGCAUGUUUACACAUGAAGUGCAAUUUUUUAUUUAUAUAAAUAUAUUCACUUUUUUCUACCAAAGACUGUAAGUGGCUGCGAGAUGACUGUGAGAAUGUGAUGUCUUGUAAAUAUUGUGAUUUUACACGUGUUGAAUGUAAAUUAAAAGUUUGGGGGCAGCUGGACUGCUCGUGAAAUAAAA